GUGGGUGUUGCCUUCUACCUCUGCGAGCGGGGAGGGGUUAGUUUCCCACAGGGGAUUUCAACCAUCACACUCAGAGCCCGCCUCCUAAUCCUCGGGCGGAGCGGCUCGGGGGCCCCAUUUUAUGGCAAUAAAGCGACUUAGCGCCUGCUGAGCGAGCCCCUCCCCGCCGCCGCCCCCGCCCUCGGCCCCACCCCGGGGCUCGCCCGCAGCGGCGGGGCUUUGUUUCUGGGGAGGAGGACCCGGAGCUCUUUUGUUUGGGGGUUUGGUGUUUUCACCCCCCCCACCUCACCUCACCCCACCCCACCCCACCCCCCACGCCUCUCCGGUUUCCUGAGCUGCGGGCUGCAAGGGAGGAGAAGCGGCGUCUUGCAACCCCCUCGGCUGGGCCCCGGGGUAAUUCGAUGCGGGCCUGGCGAGGCUCCCCACGCUAGACCGGGGCUCGCGUCUCGGCAGCCUCCACCCACCGGCCCACCCUACAUUUAGCGCAUCAUGUGAUCCGGCUUUCGCAGCCUCUCAGCAUGUAGAAAAUACCUUCUGAAUACGAUUAAACAGGAUCAAUGUGACUCUGGAGACAAAUGGAUGAAUGAAUACCCAUAUGAAGAGGAAAACAAUAAAGAAUAUCAACACCUUUGAGAACAGAAUGUUAAUGCUUGAUGGGAUGCCGUCAGUCAGAGUCAAAACAGAGCUUUUGGAAUCUGAACAAGGGUCUCCAAACGUCCACAACUACCCCGAUAUGGAAGCUGUUCCCCUGUUGCUAAAUAAUGUGAAAGGGGAGCCGCCGGAGGACUCGUUAUCUGUAGAUCACUUCCAAACACAAACUGAGCCAGUGGACUUGUCGAUCAACAAAGCCAGGACAUCCCCCACAGCCGUUUCAUCCUCCCCAGUUUCCAUGACAGCAUCUGCCUCCUCGCCUUCUUCAACUUCAACCUCUUCGUCGUCUUCUAGUCGUCCAGCCUCAUCCCCAACUGUUAUAACAUCCGUAUCUUCAGCAUCAUCUUCGUCAACAGUAUUAACUCCAGGGCCCCUUGUCGCCUCCGCGUCUGGUGUGGGAGGCCAGCAGUUUUUGCACAUUAUCCAUCCUGUACCGCCUUCGAGUCCCAUGAAUUUACAGUCUAACAAACUGAGUCACGUUCACCGCAUCCCUGUGGUGGUACAGUCGGUGCCUGUUGUCUACACAGCUGUGCGGUCACCUGGAAAUGUGAACAACACUAUUGUAGUGCCGCUUUUGGAAGAUGGGAGAAGCCAUGGCAAAGCACAAAUGGACCCCCGAGGCCUAUCUCCCAGACAAAGUAAAAGUGACAGUGACGAUGAUGACCUGCCAAAUGUGACCUUAGAUAGCGUUAAUGAGACUGGAUCUACGGCCCUUUCCAUAGCCAGAGCAGUACAAGAAGUACAUCCGUCCCCAGUAUCAAGGGUCCGGGGAAAUCGAAUGAAUAAUCAGAAGUUUGCUUGUUCAAUUUCACCAUUUAGUAUUGAGAGCACAAGACGCCAGAGACGGUCUGAAUCCCCAGACUCCAGAAAACGGCGUAUCCACAGAUGUGACUUUGAGGGAUGCAACAAAGUAUACACAAAAAGUUCUCACCUGAAGGCUCACCGAAGGACACAUACAGGAGAGAAACCCUACAAGUGCACCUGGGAAGGCUGCACCUGGAAGUUCGCGCGUUCGGACGAACUGACAAGGCAUUACCGCAAACACACGGGAGUGAAGCCAUUCAAGUGUGCGGACUGUGAUCGCAGCUUUUCCCGGUCAGAUCAUUUGGCACUGCACCGCCGGAGGCACAUGCUGGUGUGAGGAAUGCUACCCGUCCAGCUGAGCGUAAGAGCUGGAUCUCUUAGCGGCACCCAAUUCAGCAGGGCUGAAUCCCCUUCACAGUGUUAACACAAAAGGGCAUCACCAUCCCACGAUGUCUGAAACCAGAGCAGGAAAAAGAAGUAACACUUCUCCUUUCGGUCUGAAGGUAACCCCCAUCACGACUACACCAGAAACGUCUUCUCGCUGGCCUGGGAGAUCCGUGACACAAAUGCUGAAGAGACAGGCAUUGUUUCCCGUGCUGUGUACUCUGCCAUUUCAAGAUGUUUGUAGCUUGUACGUUUUCUGAGCUGUCAGACGUUUUGUUAUCGAUACCGUAAAGGUCGUCUACCACAAAUUGAUGGCUAGCGCAAGACCUUUUAAAUUUGGAUUCUUCUCCCAUCAUCCCACCCCUUACCCUCUUUUUACUGAAAUUUUAGUUACUGUCUCAGUAAGAUAGAACACACAUCCAAUCUGUUACCAGCAAGCAGCAUGAAAGUAGAGAAGAAGAAGCCUGUUGGAGAGGUUCCAUUACCUGAAAAUAAAGGGGCGCUCAGGCAGCCCUUUGCAAUAGUGAUGACGGCAACUAGAUAUCACCCGCAACUUGUCAUUCUGCCAUGCCCUGAAGAAAACCAACAUUGAAUCUCUCAUUUGUUUGUCGUUGAUUGUUUUUGUUUUGUUUUGAUUCUGUUUUGUUCAUCUGUUCGAGCAGAGGGGCAGCGACAUUUCAGUUGGAGCCUAGUCUCGGUGUCUGCCCUGGCAUGGACUGGCACAGAGGUGUUCUGUAGUUGAAUAGGAAGAGCCUGUCUAAAAAACUACUGCCCCACUUCAAAUUGCAGUGUUCUGUCACCUAGGCAUCAUCUCUUCCUGCCCCUAGUAUUUGAUUACAAGGAAUCAGGGG